UCACAUUGCUGUGUGUGUGUAUGUGUUUUUGAUCAUUAGUGCAUUACUAUACGUUUAAAAUGUACAUGAUACGUGUAGUUUUGUUGUUCUAGUCACCUGCCUGAGGGUUCUCUCUACUCUAAAUUGAGCUAAAAGGUACUUAAUCCUGACUUAAAUAUAUGCUGUUUCUCUUCAUGUGCAUGGCAAAUCCAUAAAAGCGUUGCCUCCCCUUCGCUAGUCAGGAAACUAAACCAGCAUCGAACAACCACUGACACCCUGUGGUCCCCUCUUGAAAAUGCACCUCCUACAGCUGCAACAGUAUGCUGCAUUGCCACAUUGUUAAAGUGACGCUGAGUGACAGUCCUGGUGAUGGAGAAUUCGGGGCCUGAAGCGAGCUAUUUGAAGCGUGAUAACUGUCCUCAAGUGAGUCAGCACAACCAUAGGACUUGUUCCAAGCAGCCGCUGUUCUGUGUGAAACUAGAGGCUAAUGUUGACGUUUUGUCAUGCACUCCAGGCUGCUAAAGGCAAAAGGAUUCCCUCCAGAUGGAAACCAAGCCAGCUGCUGCCUUUCAUCCUAUUUUUUUGCACUCAAGUCAGUUCAAGUCAGUGCUGAUCAGAGUGAAACAACCUUGGGGUCCAAACUGGAGGCCCUGCAGUGCCACUUUACCUGGAUUCUGGAAUACAGCAAGAACAAACUUUUACAUUUAAGGGACAAGCUGGUGGACAUCGGCACGGAGGAAGGAAACAGCUGGCUGGGUCACAUCUACAACCUGAGGGGCUUCAUUCAGUGCAAGCUGGGCUCCACUGAAGACGCCCUGAGUUUCUUCCUCCAGGCUGCAGAGGCCUUCGGCCAGAUGAGAAGGGCAGGUGAAGGUCCCUGGUUGGUGGUGAAUUACGGGAACCUGGCUUGGCUGCACCACCUCCUGGGAGACCAAGCAGAGAGCGAGGCUUACCUUUCAAAGGUUGAAGCAAUAAAAAAGAAAUACCCAACUCCAUCGGAGGACGAGCUCCAUGCAGAGCUCUACGCUGAAAAAGCCUGGACCCUGAUGAAUUUCGGCACAAAAGGAGAGCUGGUGUCAGAAUACUUCCAGAAAGCCAUCCAGAUGCAGCCAGACAUGGUGGAGUGGAACACCAGUCACGUACUGUGCAGCAACUCAUGGUUAGAAGAUGACAUCUUAGAGAAAAUAAGGCUCGCCCAGGAACAGGAUCCGGAGAACUUGCGCCUUGCAGUUUACUACCUUGAGGAACGUGUUAGGAAAGGGGAAAUAAUUGAAGAUGAAGCACGCCAGUUGGCUAGAAAGGUUUUGAGAAACCCCGUCAGUAGCUACAGUGGUCUAAAAGGGUUACUAAGGAUUUAUAGAAACCAUCUAUCAAUUGAUGAGGCCGUUGAUCUGGCAGAGGAGGCUCUGCAACAUCAUCCAGAUGAGCGCUAUUUGAAGAGAUGUGCCGCACUCUACUAUAAUAGGUUGAUUUAUUCUAGCCACAGUCGACCAGAGCAGAGGACGCUGGACAGAGCCAUCAGUCUCCUUAAGGAGGUGAUUUUUCUAUACCCUCAUUGUUCGCUUAUGAAGAAAGUAGACCUCGCAAAUAUACACGCAAAGUCCAAUCACAGCAAGGAUGAAGCUGAGCAAAUCUACCAGGAACUGCUAAAAAGUGAGAUGGAACCUGCAGAGAAACAGCUGCUUUACAACAACUACGCAAAAUAUUCAAAGUGCGAUCGAAGGGAGUACCAAAGGGCAAUAAGGUAUCACAUGAAGGUGGCGACCAUACCGCAUCAAUCCUCCUUCCGUAGGAACAGCAUUAAGAUUCUGGUGGAGGUUGUAGAGCGGCACAGGGACUCAAUGUGGAGAGAGGUAGAGGAGUUUCUGGAAAACCUGAAAGAGCCAUAGUGUUUUUAACACUAGUUCUAAAAAGGUUUUGUGAUGGUCGGUUGGUCCAAACGGCAGUAUCACCCAACCCAUACGUGUAAUAUUGUUGGGUUUUGUCUUUGCUUGUCUAUGAAAAUUACACUAUUCAUCGAGCAGUUACCCCAUCUUUAAAACAUUACACUACAGUCCAGUUAAUCGAAGACAAUAUAAAAGAUCUAGCAAUUUGUAUGAAAGGCUGAACCAUAUAUGAAAGUUAAGAUGAAUCAUUUCUUUAUUGACAAAAUCAUUGGAGCAUAUCUAUUUAAUUUUAUCAUUUUCCAAAAGAUAAAUUAUGCAAACUGAAUGAGCUGUAAUAUGUGCUAUUUCAACUAAAUGUAACUUUUAAAUAAAAUACCUGGAGCAUCAAUCACAAGUUGUAGGUGACAAUCUUCUCCGCAGGAAUCGAUCUACUUCCAUAAACACACAAAAAAGAUGAAGAAUUAGGGUCUUUUUUUUCUGACAAAUGUCAGGUCAGAGGGUGAAGUUCCUUCUUAACAUACAGAAACAUAUGUUUUAGUUUUGCACAGAUCCCAAAGGGAUCGAUGAAGGCCAGAACUUCAUGAAAAUAACCUCGUAUUAGAUUUUUUCCUCUGGAAGGGUUGUAACAAAAAGAUUGAGGCUGAAAAACAUGUAUUAUUGGGCUCUUUGUGUUUAGACAGUAUUCAGUAAUUUAUGGCUUAUGUUCUUCAAUAAAGUAUUUGGUAUUGAAACUCCAGUCCAGUCUUGAAUCUGUGCUAUCACCAUAACAACAUACAAACAAGGAAGGUCAUUUUAAAUAAAAACCAAAGAAAAACGAAAACCUCUAAGUUGAAGUCUGUCUAGUUGUAUUUAAGACCUUUGUAAAACUCCUGAACUGAUGAGAUUAGAUAGAACGAAUAGGAAAGAUUCUGUAGUUUCCAGAAGGCUGCAUGAAUAUACAACUAAAAGGAGAUAUCCCAAACCUGCUAACUAUAAGAGAGCUAAAAAGACCUCCUACACAGUAGAUCUGUGCAUUAACCAUUUAGGUUUUUACAUUUUGAGAUGAUUUUGCAGGUAGAGCACCUUCCUGUAAAAUAAUUGAUUUAGGAUUAAAUUAUGUGGCUUAUUCAUUUUUAUUACAUUUAUUUUUUUUAUUUGAAUGUUUAAUCAUCUUUUCAGGUCGCUGAGCCAACUAAGGGUUUAAUUUUCAAAGGUCUGAUGGAUGUUUUUGUUUGGCUCUUGUGUACUUCAAUAACAAAUUGCGCCACAGGGAAAAAUAAAAGUUCUUAAAAUCUU